AUGGCCCAACUACCCGUCACGACCAUCCCGCCCUUCAGCGAUCCCUCGAGGCUUCCCGACUGUGCCAAGCAGUGCGGUCCCCUCUACGAUGCCAACGGUGCCUGCGUCCCUCCCGCCGUGGCCCCGGCCAACGCUGGCUCCUACGUGGCCUGCUUCUGCGCCCAUGACAAGGUGUCACCCUUCUCCCAAGGAACGGCCGGUGUCUGCGACGAGGCCUGCAACGGCGUCAACGGCGGUCUCCAGUCCGUCGCGGCAUGGUUCCAGGGCAUGUGCGCGACGCCGAAGACGACGACCGCACGCGCUUCAAACCCCAAAACAACGACCAUUUCCGGCAGCAAACCAACGUCGGCCGCGAGCGCAAGUGCCAACAGCAACAGCGGAGGUGGCGACUGGAUUUCGAACCACUGGCAAUGGGUCAUCUUCAUCGUCCUUCUCGUCGUCGGCAUCACCGUCAUCUGGGUGGGCGCCUGCCUGUGGCGUCGUCGCUACAUCCGCAAGAAGGACCGACAGCAGUUUAUGGGCCAGAAGCACUCCGGUUCCAGCUCCCAUCCUUCCUGGGGCCCGACCGUCACCGGCUCCGAGUCUGUCAUGCCCAUGACCUUUAAUCCCGAUGCCGAGACGGGCGCCAUGACCGAGAAGCCCCAGCCGACCAAGGAGAAGACGAAGUGGUUCUCCAGCCGGCGGACGUAG